AGGAGACAACACAACCCUGAAGCAGUGGGUGAUCUUCUCUCUCUUCACAGAUGCCGUGGGAAGAAGUGAGGAGCGAGAUGGUAGGAGAGAAGGGGCUCUCCCCCGAGGCUGCGGAUCGCAUCGGGGAGUAUGUCCAGCUUCACGGUGGCCUGGACCUGAUCGAGCGGCUUCUGCAGGACCCCAAGCUGUCCCAGAACAAGUUGGCCAAGGAGGGGCUGGGGGACAUGAAGCUGCUGUUUGAGUACCUGACCCUGUUUGGCAUCACAGGGAAGAUCUCCUUUGACCUGAGCCUGGCGCGGGGUCUGGACUAUUACACGGGAGUGAUCUUUGAGGCUGUCCUGCUGCAGCAGGAGAACGACCACGUGGAGGAGUCGGUCGGCGUUGGGAGCGUGGCUGGAGGCGGCCGCUACGACGGGCUGGUGGGGAUGUUUGAUCCCAAGGGCCGGAAGGUGCCCUGUGUGGGGGUCAGCAUUGGGAUCGAGCGGAUCUUCUCCAUCCUAGAGCAGAGAGUGAAGGCUUCUGGGGAGAAACUUCGAACGACGGAGACACAAGUGCUGGUGGCUACACCUCAGAAACACUUACUCGCUGCGAGACUGAAGCUCAUCUCCGAGCUGUGGGACGCAGGGAUCAAGGCAGAGAUGUUUUACAAGAAGGAUCCUAAACUGCUGAAGCAGCUGCAGUAUUGUGAGGACAUGGGGAUCCCCCUUGCUGCCAUUGUAGGAGAGCAAGAGCUGACAGAUGGAGUCGUCAAGCUGCGAGAUGUCGCAACAAGACAGGAGGUUGAUAUCCCAAGAGAAAAGCUGCUUGAUGAGAUCAGGAGAAGGCUGGAGCCAUAGGACUUCUCUGGCCAGAGCUGCUUGACCGAACUGUACAACUGGAACCCUCCAGCACCCUUAGCCAUUCGCUUCCUGCUGAAGUCUGGUCACCUGAGGCUCAUCUGCUUGGGCUAAGGCAGUGUCAACACAUGCUUGGAAAGAAGGAAGCAGGUUUUAAAGGUUAUGGACGGGACAGUCAUGAGGUUAACCUUCUGGUUAACUGCUCUGAAGGAUGGGUCAGACUCGUGGGUUCCUAAUAUUGUGGUACCUGUGCCUGUGCAGCUGUUCCCAUCCCCUGUAGGCAGUUGUGUUGGUGGCACAGGCACAGGUGACAUGGGGGCAGCUCAAGCAGGAUGAGGCUGAGCUCUGGAGCUGGGGGGUGGAAUCUGUGGCAUGUUGGGCACCUGCAGGCUCGGCAUGGAGGGAGAGGGUGGCAGUGGAAGGCCCCUCUGUCCCCUCCAAGGACUGCAAGGGCAUCACCAGGCUGCCAUCGGGUACAGGGAUGGAUGUGCUCCGGGGAGCCCGGCCCCUGGCACCGGAGUGUGGGGAGUGCAGGCCCCCUCGGGGAGGGAUGCAGCGGGGAGCUGGGCAGGCAGGCUCCGGCUGUUGUGAGCGUGGAGGAACUCUGUAUUUUUAUACAU